UCCUCUGCUAUCACCCGAAAGGAUAUCUGUCCAAAAAGUUGUCUGCAUUUAAUGACGGAAAUCAUGUACUUGUAGUACGACAGUGAACAUUCGGUUACAGUUUGAACUACUAAUUCUGAUUUACACUUCAUAUAAUUGAAAGACAAAGUACUUCCAUUAGACAUGGAUGGAAGGAAAAUGUCAACAGCAGGGGAUUCCCUGUACCAGAUUUUAGAGAUUCCAAAAACUGCCACUUCUGAGGAAAUUAAAAGGACUUACAGAAAAUUAGCAUUAAAAUAUCAUCCUGAUAAAAAUCCAAAUAAUCCAGAAGCUGCAGAAAAGUUUAAGGAAAUAAAUAGGGCACAUAGUAUAUUAACAGAUCUGACAAAACGUAACAUAUAUGAUAAUUAUGGGUCUCUUGGAUUGUACGUUGCUGAACAAUUUGGCGAAGAAAAUGUUAAUGCGUACUUUGUUGUCACUUCUGGUUGGUGCAGGGCACUCGUCAUAUUUUGUGCUGUCAUAACUGCGUGUUAUUGUUGUUGCUGUUGCUGUGCUUGCUGCAACUUUUGCUGUGGCAAAUGCAAACCAGUGUCAGCGCAAAACAAUGGAACAUACCAUAACUUACAGCGGAACCAGAAUCUGGAGGUCGAUGUCGUGACGAAUCAGCCCAGAAGCUCGACCAAGGAGGAAGAAAGUGACGAAGAAGCGAUUACGGCACAGCCACAAAGUGGUCCGCAGAACAGCUCUGCGACUCAGCCCAUUUUUGCCAUGCCACCACCACCAACUGCUGAUGAAAAUACAAACUUGAACAGCGGUACUGAAAGAGUGAUUUACACGACUGCCGCUUCUACAAAUCCAUUCGUUGGCGUGAACGUUGGCACGACUGGCACGGGUCCUACAAAGUGGUAGUUACGGAAAUUUAAAAAUCUAGUAUACGUAUGAACAUUAGAUUUCUUGCAUAAUUUUCCGCGGGGUGGAUUUUUGCGUGCAUUUACGGACAACGUACUU